AUGACUGUAUGCGAUGAACCUUCAAUGGCUGCAAUGCUUCCCACCACUUGGCGCAGCGAAGCAACCUCAGGCAUCAUCACCACAGCAGAGCGAAUCAUAUCGGCCACCUCACGCGACAGCAGCGCACCAAGUCCUGUAGCCCAGUCCUUCCCAGCUCAAGUCCGGUCUUUCCCAGCCGAGCCCAUUCCGGAGCACAUCAGAUACUUUGAGCAUUUGACACAGUACUGGGUGGGUAUGGCAUGCCAAGCCUUCCCCUGCCACACUCUCUCCUUCUCUGUCUCAGCUACAAUGCCCGUCACCUCUGCAGUCUCACAAACCUUCACAAACCUUCUUCUUUCCAGUCGCCGCCAUUUGGGCAUCCCUCAUCUCAAUCCAUGCCCCAAACCCAGAAAAUGUCUCUCAAAAGUAUCACUGGUAGCUUCCAGCUACAAGGGCGGGAAAUUUUCGCGCCCGAGUCGCAUUAUUGGACCAACUUUCACAAUUUUGAGGGUUGGUGCCGAAAAGAUUCAUUCUGGGAGGUUGAUUUCUGUGAAUUCUUCGGCGUAUGAGUCUAAUUCAACCUCUGCGAGCGUUCAAAGCACGGUUCUUAAGCUGUUGCAUUUGGUAGUUUCUUUAGGAAUUAUUCUGGCCAUGGAUAAGUUUCUGAAGAAGGCUUUUGUGGCUGCUGCCAUUAAGUUCCCGAGUGCUUUGUUCGGGAUGUUUUGCAUAUUCACCAUUUUGGUGAUGCUCGAUUCUACUGUCCCAGCUGCCGCCGCUGGCUUGAUGAACUUCUUCCAGCCAGCCCUUCUCUUUAUCCAGAGGUGGCUGCCUUUGUUCUAUGUGCCGUCUUUGGUGGUUCUGCCUCUUGCAGUCAAGGAUAUUCCAGCUGCCUCGGGUCUUAAGAUUGUUUUCAUUAUAGUUGCGGGUUGGCUGGCUUCACUCUGUGUAGCAGGUUUUACAGCCAUAUCUGUGAGAAAGAUGGUCAACACUGAAAUGAUACCAGCCGAACCCAUGCCAAAGCCUUCUUCGUUUUCUUCGAUUGAGUUAUGGUCUUGGAGUGGUAUAUUCAUAAUAUCUUUUGUAACUGCAUUGUAUUACCCAACUGUACUUGGAACCAAUGCCAGGACGUGUUUGCCUUUUCUCCUUGCUUCCACGGUAAUAGGCUACAUGUUUGGUUCCCGGCUACCGUCAGGUGUGAAGAUGGUCUUUCAUCCAAUUAUUUGCUGCGCAUUAUCAGCUGAUCUGGCAGCAUAUGCUUAUGGGCAACUUUCGCGGUCUGGACUUGAUCCAGUUCUAGGAUACUAUCUCACAAAGAUCUCAUCGAAUCCUGGAGCUGGUGACAUUUUGAUGGGAUUUCUUGGAUCGGUUAUUCUCUCGUUCGCCUUCUCAAUGUUUCAACAGAGAAAGCUGGUGAAGAGACAUGCUGCUGAGAUAUUCACCUCUGUGAUCCUAUCCACGUUGUUCUCUUUGUACUCAACUGCUUUAGUUGGCCGUCUUGUUGGUCUCGAACCAUCAUUGACCGUAUCAAUUCUACCUAGAUGCAUAACUGUGGCUCUUGCUCUCAGCAUAGUAUCUUUCUUUGAAGGUGCCAAUUCAUCUCUUACAGCGGCCGUUGUCGUGGUAACUGGACUAGUUGGGGCCAAUUUUGUUCAGACGGCUCUCGACAAAUUAGGAUUUCGUGAUCCUAUUGCUCGUGGAAUAGCAACUGCAUCAAGCGCGCAUGGGUUAGGUACAGCUGCAUUAUCGGCAAAAGAACCUGAGGCUCUUCCAUUUUGUGCAAUUGCGUAUGCACUGACUGGGAUUUUCGGUUCUGUGAUUUGCUCCGUUCCAGUUGUUAGACAAAGCUUGCUAGCUGUAAUUUGCUAACAAUUAACUAUUUGCAGUCGUGCAAAUAUAUAAAUCAACGAACGCUGAUUUUUCUUCACAUUGGUCACAAGUUGCUGUUUCUGCGGAAAUUCUGGGCCAUAUCAAUGACAACAAUAUUUGUGUCUUAGUCGAGUAACUGCUGUUUAUAUGUAUGAUCUUCUGCAAAUCUUUCUGUCUCUUGCUUUUCUGUUCUUCUUUACUAUAUGCUAGGCUCAAGGUUGAUCAUCCACUGGUUAGGGUUGGUAGCCUGUCCAUUUGUAAUAAUUGUCAUUCAAUCUGAUCCUUUAAUAGCUCAAGGUAAUCGGGUUGAGUUCAUCAUACCAAAGCACUUAAAGGUGCACUUAAAGGUUGUAUUCCUUGUGGCAUAACUUUUCUGCACUUUUUUUUUAAUGAAAACUAGCACUUACAUGAAUUACCCUCCCUUAGAGUCGAAAUUCAGGUGAUAUGGAGGAUUAAAUGAUAAAACUUUUUCUUUACCGGUCUAUAUAUGGAGGAUGGUACAAGUGAUACAAUGUGCGCCUUGCAGAUGUGCCUAUUUGGCUACGUGCAUUUACUUUCUGUUACAAUUUAUCAACCCCUUAUUAGAAUGUUCCUCCCAACUUUUUUGACGGGUGCAAUUUUGGUUAAU